ACCCUCAAAGUCUCCUCUACAACUACCCAAGAUCAGUUUCCUAAUUCCAUUCAUCCAUCUCUUUAGAUUUCCUCUCCAUUCCUGACCCCAUGGCUAAGCCCAGCAUCAUCCCAAUCUCCUUGUUUUUAGCGGCCAUGGCUGCAGUGCUGAUCCCCAUCCCAGCAGAGGGCCUCAUGCCCUACACCAGAAACCUCUGGGACAUGGUCCUCCCCUUCGACGACCCCUUCAGAAUUCUCGAACACUCCCCCAUCACCGUCCCCAAAGGGCUCGAAACUAUCGCCCUUGCCCGCUCUGAUUGGAAGGAGACCACCUCCGCCCACAUCAUCACUCUGGACGUGCCGGGCAUGAAGAAGGAAGACAUCAAGAUCGAGAUCGAAGAGAACCGAGUGCUGAGAAUCAGUGGCGAGCGGACCGCGGAGGGGGAGGCGGAAGGAGAGAAAUGGCACCGCUCCGAGCGCGCUACGGGCAAGUUCUGGAGGCAGUUCAGGUUGCCUGCAAAUGCUGAUUUGGAUAGGAUUAAGGCACAUCUUGAGAAUGGGGUGUUGAGGAUCACAAUCCCCAAGCUGGCAGAAGACAGGAAGAAGCAGGCUAAGGUUGUUAACAUUGCGGAAGAAACCAACAGUGGCGAGGAUGUUAUGGCUACCAAGAGUGAGAUGUGAAGACGCUGUUUCCUUGGAUGAUGAAGAUGAUGAUUUUGAUGGUGUGUUGUGUUUUAUGGUUUUGGUGAUAUUAUAAGUAACGUAAUAAAAAGGAUGUAAUUUAAGUUAAUAUUACGGUUGUAAACUCAUGGAAAGGUUGAAAUGGGUUCAGAUUGGUUUGGACCAACCCACCAACCCAUCCAAGUUGCUAUGCGUUAUUCUAGGUUGAAUUUAUUAACAAAGAGAUGAAUGCA